ACCAUGCCCUCCAUGAGCCCGGAGAAGCCUGCCUUGUGUGCCGGCUGUGGGGGGAAGAUCUCGGACAGAUACUACCUGCUGGCCGUGGACAAACAGUGGCACCUGCGGUGCCUCAAAUGCUGUGAAUGUAAACUGGCGCUGGAGUCCGAGCUAACGUGUUUUGCCAAGGAUGGGAGUAUUUAUUGCAAGGAGGAUUACUACAGAAGGUUCUCCGUGCAGAGGUGCGCGCGCUGCCACCUCGGGAUUUCCGCCUCGGAGAUGGUGAUGCGAGCGCGCGACUCCGUGUACCACCUGAGCUGCUUCACGUGCACCACCUGCAACAAGACCCUGACCACGGGCGACCACUUCGGCAUGAAGGACAGCCUGGUGUACUGCCGGCUGCACUUCGAGACGCUGGUCCAGGGCCCGGACUACCACCCGCAGCUCAACUUCGCCGAGCUCGCGGCCAAGGGCGGCGGCCUCGCGCUGCCUUACUUCAACGGCACCGGCACGGCGCAGAAGGGCAGGCCGAGGAAGAGGAAGAGCCCGGCCAUGGGGAUAGAUAUACCCAGCUACAACACAGGCUGCAACGAGAACGACACGGACCACUUGGACCGGGACCAGCAGGCCUACGCUCCCACGCAGAAAACCAAACGAAUGCGGACCUCCUUCAAGCACCAUCAGCUGCGGACAAUGAAAUCCUACUUCGCCAUCAACCACAACCCGGACGCCAAGGACUUAAAGCAGCUGGCCCAGAAAACGGGCCUCACUAAGCGAGUUCUACAGGUUUGGUUCCAAAACGCAAGAGCCAAAUUCAGAAGGAACGUUUUGCGACAGGAGAAUGGAGGUGUUGAUAAGGCUGAUGGCACCUCACUCCCUCCGCCCUCAUCCGACAGUGGGGCCCUGACCCCCCCCUCCAGCGCGGCCACACUAACAGACCUGACAAACCCCUCUAUCACUGUAGUGACCUCCGUCACCUCUAGUUUGGACAGCCAUGAUUCGGGGAGCCCUUCGCAAACUACCUUGACAAACCUUUUCUAACAAGCUAUCUCUAUCAGACUGAUUGUGAUUUGAUCUGAUUUUCUUUCUUCCUUUUUUUUUUUUUUUUUUGGCUUUCCCUGAUUUUGUUUUCGUUCCUCUUCUCAAUUAAUUUUUUUUAAAUGACACCUUUAAAAAUCAAGCGGAAACAGCUCCUUGGAGGGGGGAGAAAACAACAAACAAAAGAGGAAAAAGUUCUGUGCUUUGAACGAGAACAACGACAGCGGCGACCACUUUUAAAAACCCGAGGAGAUAAUUUGAAUAAGUAGCAUUUGGAAGCUGCACGGCACAAGUGCAGAGAGCGAUUCUGGAUUUCUUGGACGUUUUCCUGGAGUUAAUUAGAAAAUUGUCUUGGACGUCACAAAUCAUUUACAGAAAAAUUCACUUAAAUAUUGCCUGUAAAGCAAGAAUAUUUGCCUGAUUUGACUAUUUUUUUGUACAUUUGUAUUGCAAUAUGUUCAAACAAGCCCUCCUUAAUUUAUGAUUAUUGGAAAGAAAAUUAAAAACACUAUGUAUAUGUAUGCACUGUGUUCGCACUGUCCAAUUUAAAGAUCUUUUUAUUAUUAUUAUUAUUAUUAUUAUUAUUUUCUUUGUCCUGCUUUGGAAUAAUUUGGAAAACAAACUCGUAGAAUGUUCUGUUGAAAACAGGCUUUAAUUAUUUCCGAAUGUUUUCCAUCUUGGGUUUUGCUGGAAUCGGACAUUUUCACAGAGCUACAUGGAAACACGAACCGAAAUGACCACUGAGAAGCACCUAGCUGACAGAUAGAAGCUUUUGUUUUUUUGUUGUCGUAAUUCACAACUUAACUGUGACGCCGAGUAGGGAGCAUAAGAAAUUCCGAGUUUAUGGGCACUGUCGUAAUCAGCUGUCGUCAUAUCAGAGCACUUUUUUUUAUUUGGUCUCAUGGAUUAAUUGUAGCUUAACAAAAUAGAGAAGAACAAAACCUGGUCAGCAUCUCCACAGACCCACAGCUAAACUCAGUUGCACAGUGACAAUAUACUGCCCAGAGAAAAGUGCAUUAUUGUUCCUAUCGUGUUGCUCAGGGUGAUUUUUUUUWAAAAAAAAAGUGGGGGGAGGAAAGGGAAAAGUGGUUGCGAAGCUGCAAACAGAGUAGGUGACCCAAAUUGUCAAAUGACCUCAGAUGGGUGGAGCCGUGAGGGAAGGGGGCGGGGCAGCCAGUGGGAAAUCACCGUCCAUGUGUUCUCCUGUUUGAGCCAUAUUUACACUUUCUUUACCAACAAUUGCCACUGAUCAGACCAAAAAGAAGGGAAAAAGAAAAAAAAAAAAGAAAAUGUUUCUUCUGGCUGACAGACAGAGAGAAGGAAGAGAGAGGGGAACGAAACCGAGCGAGCAAAUCUCGAUCACAUCUCAUUGCGAGCGUCACAGUUUUUGUUCCUUUGUGGAACUAAAGUGGCCCUCUUGCUCUACUUCAUGAAGUAGACGCCUAUAACUCAGUUCUACCAUGUGCCUUGCGCUAUAACUUGGGAGAAAGUUUGUGAAAUUCAGGAUCUAUGUGUUCUUUGUUAACUGAUUCACAUCCUUUUGGCGCCUCACUAGUUUUGUACUGUUUUGCAUCUUAUUUCCGAAGAUCUUUUUAUGGUGUAUCCUGUUAAAAUAAAAAAAMAGUCAAAGAAAAAAAAAUUACAACACAAAGGGAAAAGGGGGGGAUGGGGGCAGCGAUGUCAUAGAAAGCAUUUGUGCACUCUUUCAGAUAUAGUCGGGUAAUCCAAGAACCUUAUAUAUUGAUCUUCGUGUUAAUAGUUGAGUACAGUAAGUGUUCUAUCAAGAUUGUCCAUGUUUCCCUGUUUCUUGAUAAAGAUGGUGUAUAGAAACUAUUUCCCCUUAAAUAUUUAUGGACCAAACGGUUGUUAUAUAUCUUAUUAAAUUUGUGUGAAUAAACAAAAAAUACUUUGCUUUAAA